AUGGAUUCAAAGGUAAAUAUGUCAUAUAUUACCUUGGGUGGUUUUGUUGAGGUUGAAAAAUACAAAUUCCUUUAUUUUUUCAUUAUGUUAAUUGUGUAUAUCAUUGUAAUCUGCAGUAAUGCAACUAUUAUAUGUCUCAUUUGGAUGCACCAAAACCUCCAUGAACCAAUGUACAUUUUCACUGCUGCUUUGCUGUGUAACUCGAUUCUCUUCAGCACUGUCAUCUACCCCAAGAUGUUAUUGGACUUUCUUUCUGAGAUGCAGGUUAUAACAUAUUCUGCCUGUCUUUUUCAGUGUUUCUUGUACUAUGCCUUUAGUGGUUCUGAGUUUAUACUUUUGGCAGUGAUGGCCUAUGAUCGAUAUGUGUCCAUAUGUAAACCUUUGCAAUAUCCAACCAUAAUGAGAAAGUCUAAUAUCAAGAGGUUGUUGUUUUUUGCUUGGCUUUUCCCUGCUGCCCAAGUGUCUGUGCCCAUUGCACUGAAUGCUGAAAAAAACGAUAUUUGCAAUUUUACUUUAAAUGGGAUGUUUUGUAACAAUUUGGUAAACAAGCUUUAUUGUACCAUGUCUGGAAUAGUGACUGUGUAUGGAACAAUAGUUUUACUCAAUGUGACCAUCUUCCCUCUUCUUUUUAUUGUUUUUACGUACAUAAAAAUAUUUGUGAUCACAUUUAGAAGCUGUAAAAAAGUGAGGAAGAAAGCAGCAGAAACAUGCUUGCCACAUCUACUCGUUUUGAUCAAUUUUUCAUGUUUAAUCACAUAUGAAAUUGUAAUUGUCAGAAUUCAAUUUAAUUUAUCAGACACUGUACGUCUCAUAAUGACUUUACAACUUGCUAUUUAUCACCCUCUAUUCAACCCCAUCAUAUACGGAUUAAAAAUGAAAGAAAUUUCAAAGCAUCUGAAAAGAUUGUUCAUAAAUGUAAUGUUAAAACUGUUUUGUAAUCUUCUGCUGCAAUGGAGCUCAACAGUGAUGGCCUGCUCUCACUCCUGGAAGAAACGUUCCAUUUAUUCUUUCUCACAGAUCUUCAGAAAAAAAUUAAUAUUGAAAGUCUGA